AUGGAUAUAGAGGAAAUGGUUGCCAUAUUUUUACAUAUAAUUUCACAUGAUGUGAAGAAUAGGAUAAUUAAGAGACAAGUCGCCCGUUCUAGCGAGACAAUAAGUAGACAAUUUCAUGCUGUUCUCAACUCUGUACUAUGUCUCCAUUCCAUGUUGUUACGGAAACCUGAAGCUGGGACGGAGAACUGUACAGAUGAGAGGUGGAAGUGGUUCAAGAACUUUCUCGGAGCACUUGAUGGAACAUACAUAAAGGUCAAUUUAGAGGAGGUCGACAAGCCUAGGUAUCGAAGCCACAAGGGUGAGAUUGCUACUAAUGUCCUUGGUGUUUGCACUAGAGACAUGCAAUUCAUUUAUGUAUUACCUGGGUGGGAGGGAUCACCUACUGAUUCUCGAGUGCUUCGAGAUGCCAUAUUGAGGAGAAAUGGCUUAAAGGUGCCCCAAGGUUACUAUUAUCUAUGUGAUGCUGGAUACGCAAAUGCUGAAGGCUUUUUGGCUCCUUAUAGAGGACAAAGAUACCAUUUGAAUGAGUGGAGACAGAGUCAACAACCCACAAAUGCUCAUGAGUUCUUUAACAUGAAGCACUCUCGGGCUAAGAAUGUUAUAGAGAGAGAAGAAAUGCCUAUUGACCCAAUAGACAUCGAGGUUGUUGAGGAUGUCACUAGCUCACAAGAGAAAGAAGUUAGUGAUAGAAUAACCUAUGUAGAGACAAGUGAUGCUUGGGCUGCUUUCAGGAAGAAUUUGACGAAUGAUAUGUUCGAGCAAUGGAUGAAUAGUCGAAAUGCAUAA